AUGACUUGUACCGCGCGUGACACAAUUCCCGAUGGCACUCUCUCCUAUGUUGAUGAGGCUGAUCAGAUUCUAAACGUGUCCGUACACUCCCUUGCUGCCGGUAAACAGGUCAUUCUCUUCGGAGUUCCCGGUGCCUUUACACCCACAUGCAGCUUGAAGCAUGUUCCAGGAUUCAUUGAAAGAGCAGAGGAGCUGAAGUCAAAAGGCAUUAGUGAGAUUUUCUUAAUCAGUGUAAAUGACCCAUAUGUGAUGAAGGCUUGGGCAAAGUCAUAUCCCGAAAACAAGCAUGUCAAGUUUUUCUCUGAUAGCUCUGCAGCUUACAUCAAAACUCUUGGUCUUGAGCUUGACGUCUCUGACAGAGGUUUUGGAGUUCGGUCACAAAGGUUUGCUCUCCUGAUUGAUGAUCUUAAAGUGAAAGUUGCUAACGUGGAAUCUGGUGGCCAGUUCAAAGUUUCCAGUGCUGAAGACAUGCUCAAAUCUCUCUGAUUACUUGCUGCCUCACAACUCUACUAUUUUAUUUGUGUGUUAUAUUCUGUAAUAAUAACUUCGGUCUUACAAAGAUGUUUUCAAUGUACAUUCUCAAGAAAAUAAUUUCUUGCUACUUGAACUGCCGUUGCUUUUGUAA